GAUCCAAUUGUCGGAACAACGGAAGUGGCAACGGCAAGCAGAGGAGAUCGCGGACGAACUUCACCAUUGAGCAACUGGCCGAGCUCGAGAGGCUCUUCGACGAGACGCACUAUCCCGACGCGUUUAUGAGGGAGGAGCUGAGCCAGCGGCUAGGUCUCAGCGAGGCGCGGGUACAAGUCUGGUUCCAGAAUCGACGCGCCAAGUGUCGUAAACACGAGAGCCAGUUGCACAAAGGCGUCGCCGGGAGCAUGGUGCUGGCGCCGCGCAGCCCGCCGACGACGUUGGAACCAUGUCGAGUUGCACCUUACCUGCCAGCCCUCAGGUUGCAUCCGCCGAUGCAGGGAACGGCCGCAAACGUCACAGUGGGAUCAGCCUUCGACCCGGCAGUGCUGCACUAUGCGGCGGCCGGAGGCCUUUUCUGUCUGCCGCCACCACCGCCGCCCCCGACGUCGUCGGCCGGCCAUCCUCCUCAUCCGCUGAGCCUGGCGGCGUCACUGGCCGCCGCGGCGGCUCGCUCGAAGAACAGCAGCAUCGCAGACCUUAGACUGAAGGCGAGACGGCACCAGGAGGCCUUAGGGCUCGACAGGCCCGCGUAAGGUCCGCGGCGUGGUACGUCUUGGACGAAGAGGGAUUCGACGGGGAUGAAGAGGUGCGGGUUGUCUUGACGGUGAGUACACCCGAGUUUAGAGAGGAUCUGUACUCUCAUCGAAAUGUGACUUUGAGCGACGCGAAGGAAGGACAGUGGACCGAUAUUGUGAUCGCGGUGACUUCAAUUUUCGAAUAUCAGUAAGGAAGGUGCUUAUUUUACGUCAAAGUGAAUCGUUGUCGGCGCUCGUUAAAACUCUACAAACGGGCACAAAUAUAGAUCUAUAUCUUUUCUGAGUGAAAACUUUAAUCCAAAUUCAAGAAAUUUUAAUUGUAUUUUUUUUUCCCUUUGUAUUAUUUUGGUAUUGAAAACGUCGCAGUUGUUUGUUAUACACGGUUAAAGUUAUAAAGCGCACGUCGUUGUUGUUUUGUGCAGGAACUCGCUCGCGUAUAGAGUAUUACAAGCGGCACACGCGCAUCUCUUCAUCCGCGACGUGCCGAAGAGUCUGAGAAGUACAAAGGACAUUCAAUGUGUAUAAAGUAAAGGAUAUGUGCGACGGGAAGCAUGUAACAUACAUAAUGUAUACUGAA